AUGGGUGUCCACAUCAUUCUUGGAGUACUCCUUUAUGUCGCAUCAAUUGCCCUUGCGACAGACAAUCAGGAAUGGCGGCAUGUUCCAGGGGCCUACAUCAUUGAGCUGGAGGACAACCAGGAUCUGUCCACGUUUUCGCCCUCCAUCGUUUCCAGUGACGAGAUUCGCCGAACCUUUGACUUCAAAUUAUUCAAAGGCAUAGCAGUGCAGCUCAAGGGGACUGAAAAUGACCGUGUGGACUCGAGAGCUUCCUCAAUUGCCUCAACAGCGACUGUCAAGAAUGUCUGGCCCGUUAGGGAGCACGCGAGGCCCAAUGUAACGGUUCAUUCGAGCGGCAAGCCUGGACCUCAGGAUCUUGAGAAGCGACAGGACAAUGGCUCUGACACUUUUGGGCCUCACGUGAUGACACAGGUUGACAAGUUGCGAGCUGAGGGCUAUACGGGAAAGGGUGUCAAGAUUGCCCUCAUCGACACAGGAGUUGACUACAAACAUCCCGCACUUGGAGGUUGCUUUGGGGAAGGAUGCCUGGUAUCGUUCGGGCGUGAUCUAACAGGCGAUGAUUUCACUGGAGAGAACCAGCCAGUCCCCGACUCGGAUCCGAUGGACUGCACAGGACACGGCACGCACGUCUCCGGGAUCAUCGCCGCGCAGACGAACGAUCUCGGCUUCACUGGUGCUGCCCCGGAUGCCACGCUCGGCAUGUACAAAGUCUUUGGCUGUCAGGGCCACACAACGACCGAUGUCCUCAUCGCCGCUCUCUACCAAGCAUACGAGGAUGGCGCGGACGUCAUCAGCUCCUCUAUUGGAGAGGCAUCCGGGUGGGCUGGCGGCGCCUGGGCCACUGCGGCAUCUCGCAUCGUCGAGAAGGGAGUCCCCUGCAUCAUGUCUGCAGGAAACGAUGGCACCACCGGUCCGUUCUAUGCCAGCAGCGGACCGAGCGGGAAGGGCGCCAUCGGCGUCGCCGCUUUCAACAACAUUGAGUUCAAGAAGAUAGUCGAUAAGUCUGUGUUCACUGUUGACGGUGGGGAAGAGGUUGCGUUCACCUACGAGUUAAGCAAUGUCAAGCUUGCAGAGAAUGUCAGUCUGCCGUUAUGGAGCCCGGGUCGCAACAACUCUGGAUGUUCUUCAUAUCCGGACACAACACCUGAUUUGAACAAGUUUGUCGUGUUACUAUCCAUUGGCGACUGCACCGAGGUAGAAAAGGCCAAGUUUGCAGCCGCAAAAGGCGCAAAGCAUAUCUUGUUCUAUAAUAACGGAGCUGGUACGCAAGAGUUGUACCUAUAUGGAGUCGACGGCCUCAAGUCAGCAUCAGUAGUUACGAGCGAGACUGGGAUACAGUGGCUCCGUGGCUUAGAGGCGGGGUCAAAGAUCGUGGUGACUCUGACAAUCUCGACGCUCAGCGAAAAGGCAGCUGUUGAUGACGCUCCUCAGGUUGGGCCUGGAAGCAUCAACGUCGUGACCUCGUGGGGUCCAACCUGGGAUCUUGAGAUAAGGCCACAGUUUGGUGCUACUGGUGGCUUUAUUCUCUCUACAUACCCACUCAAUCUUGGCAGCUAUGCCGUUCUGUCUGGCACCUCAAUGGCUGCGCCUUUGGUCACAGCAGUUUACGCCAUCCUUGCUGAAGUCCGUAGUAAGAAACUGGCACCCGCCGACUUUGAAGCUCUUCUCUCCGCCAACGCCAACCCCCAAAUUUACAACUUCACCGAGGUGCGAAACUACUUGGCCCCUGUACCUCAACAGGGCGCUGGUUUGAUCCAGGCUUAUGAUGCCGCGUAUGCCAAGACUCUUCUCAGUCCUGCCAGCCUCUCGUACCAAGACUUGGCCAGCGGCAUCGAAUCACUCAACUUCACAAUUUCCAACAUAGGUCAGGAGGAGGUUGAGUACCAGAUAAGCGAUGUGUCCACGGCCAGCAUAUAUGCCCUCCCCUCAGGGAACCUUUCUCUUCCACCCCAAGAAGCUGGAGGCUUGACUUUUAGCGAGAGCAAAGUGCGCCUGGCUGGUGGAUCCUCACACACCGUUACCGCCCAUGCUGCACCUCCGAAGUCCCUGGAUCCCAUGCGUUUGCCCAUCUGGUCAGGUUGGGUAGCUGUCAAUGGAUCUGACGGGACGUCUCUGUCAAUCCCAUAUCAAGGGGUCGCAGGGAAGCUGGAUGACAUCGACAUGCUCCCUCAGAACCAGACGUUCGCCGAAAUCUUCGACUGGGACGCAAAGACUUUCGUCCGUGUUCCCGAGAACGCGAAAUUCACACUCCCUGCGCCGGGAAACUCUUCGACUGAGGAGCUCCCGCGCCUGAGGUUCAACCUUGUCAUUGGUUCCCCUGAGGUGAGGGCGAAUGUUGUGCCAGUAGCGGCUGACGGUCAGGCCCAGGAUGUUGUGGGACAGUUGGAAAGGUAUCCAUGGCUAUGGGCGCCACGACACUCUUUGUUAUAUGAAUGGAAGGGUAUGAUUGCCAACGGAACGUAUGUUCCCGCAGGCCGAUACAAGUUUCUCUUUCAAGCAUUGCGUCGGGGAGGGGAUGCGAAUAAGAACGAAGAUUGGCACGUGGCUGAAACUGUGACAAUGGACUUCACAUAUGCGGAAGGUUAA